CUCCCCUGUUACAAGUGAAGCUUUGGGUUCCUUUUUAAAAUAUGGUACAACCUUGUGAAAGUGAGGAGUUGGAAAUUCUCACUCCGAGACCUACUGUGCAGAAAAAUGUAAUUUUUAUUUGGAAUUUAGACAUUUUCAAAACUUAUGACAGAGUCUUCUCACGGAGAUAAGGAAAAGGAAGUUUUGUUGGAAGAAAUUGAUGACUUGGUACUAGAUUUAGCAGAAACACAUUUUAACUACAAAGAUUUGCAGCAUUAUGAAAUGAAGAAUGUUUAUGACAAUCCUCUGAUAUAUACUGGACAGAAUGAGAAAUAAUCUAAUUUUUCCGAUGACCCAGAAAAAUAUAGUCACCAGACUAAUGACACCCUGUCAGUGGAAGAAAAACAAAGAUUCAACAAACUAGCUUCUUUAUGUAGAAAAGUUAAGAAAUCUUAUUGUGAGAAAUGUAGGCAGAAUAUUGAUGAUUCAGAUUAUGUAAAUUUCACAGAUACAUGGAUGAUGGAAAUGAAUAGGCCUGAAGAAAGUGAUAAUGGUGAAGAUUCAGAUUAUGAAAAUAUCACAGAUACAUGGAUGAUGGAAAUGAAUAGUCCGGAUGAAAGUGAUAAUGGUGAAGACAGCUAUCAAGAUACAGAUGAUUCUGAGCUAGAAUGUAAGUCAGGAGAUGAAGUUGCGGAAAAUAUUGAAGCUGCAGCACAUAGAAAAAGAGGAAGACCAUUUGGGUCUUCUGUUGAUUGUCAUCUGAAUUAUCCUGGAGAUGAAACAAUGGAAACUCCUGUGAGAAAAAAAAGAAGAAGCCUGAAAGCACUGACAUCGUUCGCAUAUUACAUGGUUUGCUGUUCAAUGCUUUGCAUAUCAGGAUUGGACAUUAUGACCGUAGAGACAGUUCGAAAUAAUUUUCAAUCCCUGUCUACAAAUGAAAGAAGUCAGUUCAUUCUGAAUUGGCUACAAAGCCAUUCUAGGAUCAAUGAUCUUACUUGCAAAUUUGAGUUCAAGUACCUGAUAGGUACAUCUUCAGUGUGUCUAUCAGCCUUUCAACAGGUUCUUGUAAUCCCCAAAUCAACGUACUAUAGUAUUCAGAAAAAGUUUUAUGAUGGAUCAGUUGUCAUCAAUAAAAUUGGUAAUCAUCUUGGUAGAAUGAAAGCUUCUAGCCAAAGUGCAAUGACAUGGUUGCAUAUGUAUGCAAUCCAGUUUGGUGAGAAAUUACCCAAUCAGGAGAAAAUACACCUACCACCAUGUGUGACCAAAAAGUCAAUUUACAGUGAGAUGGUUGAAUACCAACAUGACAAAGGGGAACCAGAAGUUAUUUCCAUGUCACAUUUAUUGUUACUCUGGAGAACAUGUUUGUGUCAUAUUGCCAUCCCUAAGGUAUCAAGAUUUUCCAAACGCAUCAAAAUAAAGACAAAACUUCUUCAACAAGAAGCAAGACAAAAAAGCAAGAACUACAAAGAAGGAGAGAAAAACACUUAAAACAACAAAACAUGGAAAGAAGGAAAUAUUACAAGCAUAUUCAGAAAGCUAAAGAACAACCGGGAAAAUAUUUAUCUGUCAUAAUUGACUCAAUGGACCAAAGCAAAACUCAGCUUCCACACUCCCUGUAUAAAUCAA